CACAAACAAGCAUAGAAAAUGGAAUGUGGAUUCAUUAUAAACCAAUCUCAUCCCUUGCUGAUGAUGGACCCAUUGAGUUUCAAGUGUCAGGAACAGGUGAUGACUACAUAGACCUAUCACAUACAUUGAUACAUGUAAAAGCUAAAAUACUAGGUGAAGAUUCAGCAAAAUUGAGUACUUCUACAGUAGUGGCACCGAUUAAUAAUUGGCUGCAUUCACUGUUCAACCAGCUUGAUGUUUAUUUAAAUCAAAAAUUAGUGUCACCACCGAAUAAUACAUAUGCCUAUCGUGCAUAUGUGGAAAACCUGUUGAACUACGCCUCAGCGGCUAAAAAGUCUCAUCUUACGUGUGGGCUUUGGUACGAAGAUACUGCUGGGGAAAUGAAUUCCACUGAUGAGAAAAAUGAGGGGUUCAUUAAGCGUCGAGAAAUAGCGAGUGAGAGUAAAGAAAUAGAAAUGAUUGGUCAUUUACAUGGUGACAUAUUUAAUCAAGAAAAAUUUCUAAUCAAUGGUGUUGAGAUGUUUGUUAAAUUAGUCCGUUCUAGAGAAUCUUUUAAUUUGAUAGGCUCUACAGAUUUAAAAUUUAAAGUAUGCAUUACAGACGCUACUUUAAUUGUUCGUAGAGCGAAAAUUAAUCCUUCAGUGUUACUCGCACAUCAAAAAGUGUUGGCUUCUACUACAGCCAAAUAUCCGAUCACUAGAGCUGAAGUUAAAGUGUUAACAAUACCAUCAGGGGUACAGGGUAAAACACUUGAUAAUAUAUUCCUGGGGCAAGUACCCAAAAGAUGUAUCAUAGGAUUUGUAAAUAACGCAGCAUUCAAUGGUAGCAUUAGUAAGAAUCCUUUCAAUUUUGAAAAUUAUGGUAUGAAUUCAUUUUGUUUAUACAUAGACGGGCAACAAGUACCUUCAAAAACCCUACAACCAUCCUUCGAUGGUAAUAUGUUUACUUCAGCCUAUCAUACAUUAUUUUCCGGUACAGGUAUACAUUUCCUUAAUGAAGGAAAUGGGAUAUCAAUUGAUUCUAGUCUCUCUCAAACGAUUAACUGUAUUGUAUAUGCAGAGUUUGAUAAUGUUAUAGAAAUAGAUAAAAACCGUAAUGUAACUGUAGACUAUAGUAGCUAAGAAAAGUAACAAUAUGACCUCAAAUGAGUUAUUAAUAAUGUGUAACGUGUGUGUGUGUGUG